CAAACAAAUAUUCAAAUACAGUAAGAAUUACAUGAAUUGAAGGCAAGUGGUGCAUGUUUUAUGCAAAAUAAAACCUAUAAUGUAAGUAUAUGUACUAUGGAACUCAACUUAAUACUUCAACAAUACUGCUAUAAAACCAUUAAUGUAAUAAAUAGGAUCAAUAUCACUAGAGAAAUUUCUCAAAGGUUUCAAAUUUGAGAAAGGGUUUCUAUGAGGUUCUACUAACACUUUUACUUUCUUAUUAGCUUUCCUUACAAUAUUUAUGUCUGCAAUAAUUUCUUCUUUAGUGUAAGCUGUCAAAAUUAGAGGAACCCCUGGACUUUGACAUAAAAAAGGAAUACUAUCUUUCCAUGUAUCUUCUGGGUGAUUUGAAAAUUCAUGUAAACCACUAUUCAGAGCAACCACUACAUCAGGCUUCUUCAAAAUCCCAACUAUAUUAUGGUACAACUGCUCAUGAAAUGUAAUCCUGGUUGUAGAUUUUUUGCUUUUGCAACUGAGGCACAAUUGAUUGGUGAAUUUAUCAGUUGUUCCACUAUGAUUCAAGUCAGGGCCAAUAAUGAAAUAUUCAAAGUUCCUCAAGUUCUUUAUCCAGUGAAAUGGUAACUCUGACAUGAUUCUCCAAAGCAAACCCAUUUCUGUUAUAUCAGCACCAACUAAAUGUACUACAAGCUCCUCUUUUGGAAAUAUUCUAUCACUCAAAAAUCCACUGCCUUCCAAACCAUAAAUUAUGGUAGCUACAGGUGCAAUUACUUGUGAUUUACGAAUCUGUAUAAUAUGAGGUCCAAUAUCUUUAACAUUCUCUGUUGAAUAGUUUUCAUCAUACAUGGACAUCAGUUGUUUCAAAUUUUCAGGAAGAGCAGAUAUGCUAUCUUCUAUAUCAUUUGGACUCACUUCCAAGUAAUGAUCUGGAAGGCUUUGUGAAAAUGUAAACAAGUCCAUUUCUAAGCUCAAUUUUAGUUCAUUACAGUGCAUUUCGUGUUGACUUUGAUGAUGCUUUUUGUGUUCCUCUGAGCAGUAGGAAAUAUUGUGACAUUUUGCACAAAAAAUGGUAGCUUCUUGAGAAUAACAAACUGCACAAAAUCUUGGAAACAUCCACAUUUGCAUUUCAAAAUCAUAUAGCUUUCGUUUCAGCUUCUCCUGCCAAUAGAUAUGCUUAAGAUACUGAUCAUUUAGGAGAUCUGCAAAUGUAUUUACAGAUUCUUUAUAAGUGUCUGAUGCACUCUUUAUGAUAAGGCAUAACUCUUUAUGGUAUUUCCAGUCCGAUCUUUGGUGGUCAGUGGAACAGUAAACCAUAACCUUGCAUGAUGAACAUCUUUUCAAUGGUUUAUCAAACGUUUUACAAACAUGACAAACAUUACUGUUGAAAAAAGUACAAUAAGGUAUUGCCGGACAAUUAAACAUUUUCCUGCUCUUCUGUAUUCUGUCUAUGCUAAAAUUGCUAAACUACUAACUGUAAUAUUAAUAUUUCAAUUUUUCAAACUAAUCAGCUGCCAGAGUGCAGCCACAAGUUCAGCUGGUUUUAUAGUAUACUGGCGUAUAGGCGUUAUAGGCAUAGGCACAAGAAUAGAUAGAUAUAUCAGAAUCAAAUUUUGGUGCUGACGAACAUGUUAGCAGAGUUUUGUAGAGCUAAGAAACCGGUAUAUGAGAAGCAAAGAAAUACUUAAAUUUGAAAAAGUUGAGGUAUUAUUAUAACCAAAAAAUGAAUUUGAAGAGUUUUGGUUUAUUAUUCAAAAGUUUUGUGAAAAUUGUAUCUGGCGAUGCAACUAGGCGAAAUAUUCAUGUUGAUACCAGGUUAUGUCGGCCCCCAGGGGCCUAUGAAGGUGAAGGGAAGACUUCUGUGCACAUUUUGAAUAAAGAUUCAGAUCUAGGUAUAAUGAUAGACGGGUACAGUCAAGUUGGUUUUAGAUUAAAUAAUGACAUGACAGUCCUAGGAUCCAUGUUGAUAUUUCCAAGAUCUGUUCUAUCCUGGAAUGUAGAUGAUAUUUCUGAAAUAACUGAGGAAGCUUUAAGUUUGUUCUCAGUACUUGAACCAAAAAUAGACAUUUUAGUCUUAGGAGUAGGAGACCAAAUAGAAAAUUAUAAUUUUUACCAGAAAUUGAUACCUUUUUCUAGAAGGAAUAGGAUACCUUUCGAAAUUUUGCCUACAGAACAAGCUUGUUCCACUUUUAAUUUCCUCAAUGCUGAAGGAAGAAAUGUAGUAGGAGCAAUGAUACCACCCAAACACUUCAGACCAACAGAUGAUGAUGAAUUGCAAACUAAGCUUAGGUAUCAAAAUCUGUAUGAGUGGGAAUAAAGUAGCAAUAUAUUAAAACCAUUUAUUAUCUU